UUUGGCGCCUGACCGUGGGGCAGUAGACGGGAUGACGACUCCCUGAGCGGGUUCGUCCAAGUGGACCGAUUUCCGCGGAUCGAGGACCAGCUCUGGUAAAAGUUAGGACUGGCCCACCUCGUGCGUUUUCCUGCGUGGGGAGUCGCUGACCUCCUCCUGACCGAAAUGAAAAGCAACUGGACGGGAUUUUUCCAGGCAGGCAGAAGGAGUCGCGGUCUCCGAGCUUCUCUGAAAGAAGUCCACGAGCAGGUUAACCAGGCCAGGAGGACUAAUCGUCCAUCUAAAGACACGCCGAUUCCCUUAGGCACUUGGAUCCUCGUCCGUGACACUCGGAGGAAACAUUGGCAUCAGCCGAGGUGGAGAGGGCCGUUCCAAGUUCUUCUGUCCACACCACAUGCAGUGAAAAUGGAAGGAUUGCCCACAUGGAUUCACGCCUCACAUUGCAAGAGAUGGCACCCUUGAUUGCUGUGCUACUAUGCUUUCUUUUCCCUUGUCUACUGCCCUGGUCACCUUGACUUUCCCGUUAGGAAUCACCACAUCAGUGCAGGUUGAUUUCUGCUCUAUUAUCAACUGUGGGACUGGUCGACAAGCCCAGUGGACCUGGUCUGACAAAUACGUGUGUAUGAUUGUUACGAAGUAUUAUUGGGGAAGUAACUGUGACAACUGGCAAUGGGUUUUUGCUAACACUGGAACUGAGGACUGGGGUUAUCAACCUUUUGAGGCCCAAAAAUACGGUUUGAAAAAUCGAUUUUCUAUCAUAAAAGGACAUGCUUCUCAUGAAUGUGCUGACAACCAUUGUAACCCCUUGAUCAUCACUUUGAAGAACCCCUCUUUACAUGACUCAGGAACCUAUAUAUUAGGGGCAUAUGUAUCUGGAACAGACCCUUUAGGGAGAGUUCUAAUUAAGAUUGACAAUCCUGUUACUAACACCUCUCAUUCUCCUGCACACACACCCGUCUCCCCAACUUCUGGUUCAGACUUUUCUCCUGUUAAGAUUAUGAAUAUUUCCACCCUUUUCUCCACUUUUUCAAUUGACACUGGCUAUGGCAAUCAGAACCGUUGGUUGCAGUGGGUAUUAUAUUCAGCUAAGCAAGUAAAUCAAUCUGAUUGCUACGCCUGUGCUACAGUCAGGCCACAUUUGGCUACCGUCCCUUUCCCUCUUUCUAAUAUUUCUGACCCUGUUGGUCUUCCUUGUCUCCUUGCCCUUUUUACCUCUCCAUCCACACCAAAAGACUCUAACUGCAUUACACUUUCUCUCCUCUUUCCCCCCACUUCUCAUAUGACUCCCCCGAUGUUCCAGUCUCAUGAAGGCAAUUAUACCUGCUUCUCUGGUACUUAUAGUUCCCCCCUCACGCUUCUCGCCAAAAAAGGGGGGUGUAUGUGCUAUGUUCGGUGAUGCGUGCUGCACUUGCAUCCCUAAUAAUAUGGCUCCCGAUGGAUCAAUCACCCGUGCUUUGACAGGUUUAACUACCCUUUCAAAUGAAUUAGCUACCACUUCUGACAUUUCUAACCCCUGGUAUCAAUGGUUUAUAUCUACUUUUGGAUCCUGGGGCUGAUGGCUCAGGUCAGUUAUUAUUUCACUGGCCGUUGCUUUUAUCAUUCUGUUGCUUGUGGCCUGCUGUAUCGUUCCCCUGAUCAGAUAUAUUGUGUCCCAGUAUUUCACUGCCUCCGUGGCCAAGGCUUAUAUGUUACACGAAGAAUGCAUGCUUCCAAUUUCUUCUUCCUUAUCUUCCACUCCUUCCCCUUCUCCUACUCUUUCCCGCGUUACUUCUAUGUCACCCAUAUUUUUGUUGGUUCAAAAAGGGGGGAAUGUAGAAGAAGAAUGUUCUCCUCAGCACCAUGUAUUUUGUGUGUUUAGUAAAUUAGAAUUUUUAUAAUAACUAUUUUGUAACUUGCCAGUGAAAACGCUUUGGCUUAUGAACUAACAAAAAUAUGUUAUUCCAGGGUUCAGGAGAAAUAGUGUCCACAUGAAUAAAAUCUAAGCUGUUUCUUGUUUUCCCUUUCUCAGAGUGAAUGUUUCAGGGACAAGGACACAAGACUGCAGAAAAGUACAUGUAGUUUAUGCAAAGGCGUCUCUCCUGUGCUUAGCUUUGAGAACACAGAUAAUGCUUAGCUCAACAGACAUAUUGUUUAACUUUACUGUUUUGAUAAGGAUGUUCUUUCUGUCUUAUUAAUCAUGAAAUGCUGAAUUAUAAAAACCCCUCCUAUUUUUUUCUCGGGGUUCAAAUUGAGCUUUGCGGCAAUAAGUUAUGCUCUUUUGAAUCUCUACUUACUGUGACUCCGAAUGAAUAAUAAAGAGACCUGAAGAA